CGGACGCGAUAGAGAGAGAGAAAAAUUGAGAGUGCGAGAGAGCCGCGAGCAGCUUCCUCGCGCGAUUUUCGGUGUGCAUCUAAACAUUUGAAAAGUAAGAGGCCCGUCCGAGCGACGAUUCUCGCAAAGGAAUUUUACGCAAAGUAACCAACGCUCGAGAAAUUCUUCGAGCAACCCCCUUGAUUCUCUCCGUCGCAGUCUCGUGGUCAGUUCUACGUUAAAAAUACAAAAAAUAAAAAGUAAAUAAAUAAAUUCACGAUAAUCGAUCCUCUCCCCCCGGAGUUAACCGAAUACGAAUCGCGAGGCCGGUGCUUGUGUGAAGAAGAAAAAAAACUCGUUAGCCCGUGCGCGAGUGCCCAUCAGAGGCUCUCGGAUGCCCGCGUGCAGCCCCAGCCCCCCAGGUAGCGGUGCAGCAGCGGUAAGCAGCAGCAGCAGCAGUAGCAGCGGCCAAGCCGACCAACGGGCAGUGCCGCCCUCCUCCCAUGCCAACAGAGGCCUCGGUCGGCGGCCCACAACAACAACAACAACGUCAAGAACAAGACAAGCAGCAAGACCCUGCAGCUGCGCCGAUGCUCCAGCCACCGGUGUCGCUGCUCGAGAUGGCCUCGUUACGACUGCCCGACUCGGACGAGUUCGACCUGGAGCGUAGACGCGGUCAGGCGGCGGUGGCUGCGGCGGCGGCCGAGGCGACGAGGCAGUCCUCGCAGCAGCAUCCCAGCGUCGUCUCCACGACCGGUGGAAUCGUCGUCGGCGGUGGCGGUGGCAGUGGCCUGACGGCUCUCGGCGAGCUGCGCAACCUCGUGGGCUCGCGGGCCGAGCUGCUGGCCGACUACGUCAACGGCUCGCUGCAGGAUCUCUUCGUGCUGGCGAGCACCCACAGGCCCGGCAGUUCACAGUCGAUGUCGCCCACCGAACUCGGCUCCGGUGCUAGUGGCAGUGGUGUUGUCGGCAGCGGUGCCGGUGGUCUGAGUCUGGGCGGCCUCGUGGACCCCACCUCGGCCGUGGUCGACGACGACUUCGUCCUCCAAGCCCUGUUCAACGCGACGACGAGCGCCGCCGGCGGCGUCAACAAUCUGUCGCUGGAGCACGUCUCCGAUCGCUACUACAGGCACAGCGUGGCCAUGUCGGUGGUGUACUUCGUCGCCUACUGCCUCGUCUUCGUGGUGGGCCUGAUCGGCAACAGCUUCGUCAUCGCCGUGGUCUAUCGGUCGCCCCGCAUGCGCACCGUCACCAACUUCUUCAUCGUCAACCUCGCCGUGGCCGACGUGCUCGUCAUCGUCUUCUGCCUGCCGGCCACCCUCAUGAGCAACAUUUUCGUUCCUUGGGUUCUAGGUUGGUUCAUGUGUAAAACAGUACCGUACAUCCAGGGCGUCUCCGUGGCAGCUUCAGUUUACAGUCUAGUUGCUGUAUCGUUGGACAGAUUCCUGGCGAUUUGGUGGCCGCUGCGCUGCCAGAUAACGAAGAGCCGGGCGCGCAUGAUGAUCAUCGUGAUCUGGUUCAUCGCCCUGACCACGACCUCGCCCUGGCUGCUGUUCUUCGAUCUCGUCUCGAUCUACAACGACGAUCCCGACGUCAAGCUCUGCAUGGAGAUCUGGCCGCGACCGCUGGACGGCACCCUCUUCUUCAUCAUCGGCAAUCUCAUGCUGUGCUACGUCCUGCCGAUGAUCCUCAUCUCGCUCUGCUACGUGCUGAUCUGGAUCAAGGUCUGGCGGCGCGACAUACCCAGCGACACCAAGGACGACCAGAUGGAGCGGCUCCAGCAGAAGUCCAAAGUCAAGGUCGUGAAGAUGCUGAUCAUCGUCGUGAUACUGUUCGUGCUGUCCUGGCUGCCGCUCUACGUUAUAUUCGCCCGCAUCAAGCUCGGAGGUAAAAUAGCGGAAUGGGAGGAGGAGCUGCUGCCGAUCGCCACGCCGAUCGCCCAGUGGCUGGGCUCCUCCAACUCCUGCAUCAAUCCGAUCCUCUACGCUUUCUUCAACAAGAAGUACCGGCGCGGCUUCAUGGCCAUCAUCAAGUCGGGCCAGUGCUGCGGCAAGCUGCGCUACUACGAGACCGUGGCGAUCAUGUCGUCGUCCACGUCGAUGCGCAAGUCCUCGUACUACGUGAACAACGGCUCGUCGCGGGGGCGCGCUUUUCACGGGCCGCCGGUGCACCAGGACAGCAACGUGUCGUACAUCUUCAAUCACAAGUCGGCGCCCGCCUAGGACGCGUGGCCGCGGUGAACCACGUGGCAGAGAUCCCGUCGGCACCAUCACCACCCUGCGCAGCACCAACAGCAGCAGCAUCCAGCACAGCUGCAGAGGCAGCACAGCAGCUGCCUCGCGCGCUGACGGGUCUCCGGUAUAAUCGUGCUCGUUAUUGGUAAUAAUAUACAAUGAUGAUUGAGACCGAUUAUGUCGCAAAAGCGCCACGACUGUCCGAUAAUUCGAACGCUUCACCGCGAUUAUUACGAUGUAACAAGAGAUAAAUGAUAUCCUUUUUAAGGGAUAUCAUGUGCCGACCGAGCCGUGGCUGGCCGGUUCUGCCAUGAAUACGAUAUAAUAAUAAUAAUAAUAAUAUACACAGACUACAAGAGCAGAGCCCCCGCUGGACGGAGCAUAUGAUAUAUAUACGAGUUUCAACAAAAAUAAACAGAGACUCUGGACGAUAUGGCUCGCUCGUGAACCCCCGUAAUUAUAAUAUUAUGUACGAUAUUACAGCAACGAGAUCGCCCCGUGACGAUUGUCAUCGUUAUAAUAAUAAAAAUAAUAAUAAUAAUAAUAUUAAUAAUAGUAAUAAUAGUAAUAAUAAUAAUAAUAAUAAUAUGUAUAUCGAUUCGUGUCCUGUGAAUACACGUCGAUGUUCCUUAUAAAUGCCGACAAAUCGAAGCUUCUUUAUCGACCAAUUAAUUUUCUUUUUCUCUUAUCUUUCUCAAAAAUCUCUCUUGUCGAGAAUGCCACGAACACACAAAAACACACACAUGGAAACAUUGAAAAUAUAUACGGUAUAAAAAACAAUAUCUUUUAGAGAAUAUUCAUAUACAAUAAUAACUCGCUCGCCAUUUUUCCCUCGCUGUAUAGAGAAUUCGAGUUUCACGAUGAAACUUGAACGCAAAAAAGUAAAAACAAAUGAAUUAAAAGAAGAAAAUAAAACUCGUCGCUGAAAAUGCACUUUAUUUUUCUACGACGUAGAGAUUAAGAAAAAAUUGUCGAAUCGUAGCAUCUUCUAGAUUAUUAUAUACAGCUCGGACUUUUCUGAAGGAAACUUUUACAGCUUGAUGCCGAUGAAAUGAAAAUAGAAAAAAAUUAUUUGAUUUAUAAAUUUACUGAUCUAAAUUCCACAAAAAAAAAGUAACAGCAUGAAAAAUAUUUUCUCGCUUAGUUCGAAUUGGCACUAUAUAAAAGGAUGCCCCUCCUCUCUUAAAAUUAAAAAAUAUAAUAAAAAGUACGAUUAUAGAAAACAUCGAGCUCUCACGAUCGUAAUAGGGCCCAUUACGCCAUUCGGAUAAUAUACAAACGUUUAAUCGUAAAAAAUAAAUAAUAUCGUGUAUAUCGAAAAAUCGAAGGCGAUGUUAAUUUUAAUUCGAUAUAAUAUUUUCCGACGAUCGUUACGUUAACGUUGACGAUUGCCGUGCGGUCGCAAUGGACGCACACACGUACACAUAUAUACACAGUUGUAAUAUGUAUACUAUAUACGUAUAUUAAAAGAGAUAAGCAUCGGUCAUAAGGAUAAUAAAUAAAUUUAAACUAUAACGAUUAUAACGACGAGAAAAAAGUAUAUAUAGUUAUACAUUUAAUCCAUAUCGCGUCGCAAGAGUCACGCUUGAAAAUGAACACACAGCUAUUAUAAGCCAACAUCGUUGAUCACAUCGUAUUCGCAGCGAAGCAUUGAUUUUUUUUUCUUUCUUUCGUCAAAUCAAUGGCUAUACGACAUAAACAUUGGAGUUUGAGAAUAUCCGAUGUGUGUAGACUAUUGUGAUUUACUCAAGCUCCAUUGCACUCGCUGUCUCUGUUGUAUACUUAUUACUUUUGCUGCUUUUCCGCAUUGCAAGAGAAAGAUUCAUAUAGAAAAAUGUUUUAUAAUUGUUUUUUUCUGCGUCGCACUCAUAUCAUCUACGAUUCUCGAACGAAACAAUAAAAAUCUGCAAUAAUUAGAAAUUAUGCUCAAAAUCGUUAUUAUCAUUUCUUUAAAAGGCUUUAAAACGACGGACUUUUCUCUUGCAAAUGUAAUGCCCCCCAAAAAACAUAUAAAAUGAGACGAAAAAUAAUAAUACUUGUGUUCAAAUUGUUUUCGAACGAGACUUUGUUAUUCCUCAAUAAUAUUUCGAGCAAAUUUUUUUGAAAACAGUCUAUACUGUGACUGCCGAAUCGCAAAUUCGUCACUGCCUUAUUUAUAUCGCGGGUAUACAUGGUAAUUCAUGCCACUAUGUCAGCGUAACAUGUUCCAAUAUCUCCAAUAACCAAAAUUUAAGAGAUUUCAUAAUUACCAUGUAAUAUCGAGCAAUUUUUUCUUUAAUCGCUCAUCCGCGGCGACGACGACGCGCAUCUUCAUCGAAUCACACAUGUAUAAAACAAAAAAAAACAAAAAAAAAAGAAAUAGCUUACUUUCACUUUUCUUUUUUCAUUGAGUUCAAUUUUUUCGUGACAAAAAAUUUCAAACCCGGCGGAAGAUCAACGAAAUGUAGUAGGAUAGUGCAUGAGCAAAUUUUUUAUACGACGGUGAGGCAAAGGUGAGUUGUAGACGAAAAACGUGCUUAUGAAUUUAUACUCGCGAAAUGUAAAAGUAAUCGGUAGAUGUUUAUAUUUUUAUACUAAUCAUUAUUGCACAAAACGAGGUUGUUUCUUCUGAAAUUGUUCGGUUUUUUCAAAAUACAAAAACGAUCGCGUCAGUUCAAAUACAACGACAAAUGUCUAUAUCGACGAAACAAUAUAUUUUCCGUGAAAUUUUCUUCAUCGAUCGCAUCUACGUACGAUAUUUUUUCAAUGGAACUAACUCGUUCGCCAAAAAAAAACAUACGACAUAUCUCUGAAAAAAAAACGAGCCGUCAAACGAUUAGUCUUUAAGUUUCAACGCGCGAUAAUAACCCGAUGAGUCGGAGGUGCAACAAAAAAAUCAUUGAUUUUCUCUCUUAAUCGUAUUGCAAAAAUGAGUUGAAGUUGAUACGUAGCUUUAAGAUAAAAAUUCCAUCUAGACUCUAAUUUGUUGUUAUACGGAUUCGAAUAAUUAUUACAAAUAUAAUAAAUACUACGAUAAAUAAAUAAAGACGUAUGAAAUACGUAUAUUUUUAGGGACAAUAAUAACUAUUUUACGCGCGCAAAUCUAUCAAUUUAUGCGAAAGAAAAGAUUGCAUCUGCAUCAUUUUAAAUAUGUAUGAAAUUUAAAAAAAAAAAUGAAUUUCGUCGGUUGAAUCGUACGUACUUACAAUGUAACAGAUCUUAUUAACUAUAAUGAAAUAUUCAUAAUCGUUACGUGAAUAUUAUUAUAUUUUAAACGAUCCGUGGAUGAAUAUAUAAAAUAUUAUAAAAAAUUAUCGAUCCAUAAUAGCGAUAUAUAUUUUGAGUGCGAGUCCCCGGAGCUACAUAAUAUACGUUAUUAUACUCACACACAUUUUUAGGGCAUAUCGUGUUAAAUAUUUUAGCCGCAUAAAUAUAUUUACUUAUAUACAAAAAAUAACUUCCCUGUCACACAUUAUUAAAUCGAGUGCUUUUUUCUCUCUUCGCUAAUUAUAAUAUAUAAAACUAUAUAAAUCCAAUUUUACAUCGUUUUUAUAACUGCUUAGCUUUUUGAAGGCUAUUGGGAAAUCCGUGUAAUAUUUAACGAUUUGUGUACUACAGCAGCACUCGUAUAAAUGAUAUUUACAAAUGUCGUGGGCAUUAUACUAUAAUAAUAAAUAUAAAUAUAUAUGAUUGAAAACAAGCUUUUUUGAUAACGUGAAAAAUAUCUAACGAACUAUUUACUACAUAUUAUAUGAUAUAAAAUACAUGAGUGUGUUGUAAUAUACAUGUAUAUAAGUAUAUGAUAUAUCGGACGCUGUUUCUCGUUUCGUUAUAAAAUUGUCCUGUCGUCGCUUGAAACAUCAACACUUUUUCUUUUUAACUUUCCAACCAGAGUCGCGAGUUCUAAUCCUGCUUAGUGUGGCGUGGAUGUGAUCGUGUCAUCGAAUUAAAAGUCGACAAAAUUUUAUCGCAUAUAUCGAUUUCCAAGCGAUUAUCGAUUCUAAAGAAAAAUUCAAGCUAUAGUGUCAAACGUACUUUUUUCGUUGUUUUUUAAAAUGAAUUGAAAAUUUUAAUCUGAUAUGUAAUGUGGAUCGUGCCUGUAUAGAACUAUGUGCUCUUAUAUGAAUAUGCAUGUCGAUGAUUUUUGGCAUUUUUUCUUGAAACAUGGAAGAUAAGGCGAUAAAUAGAAGAAAAUAUAUGAAAAAUUAAAAAAAAAAAACAGAAUAAGAAAAUAAACGUUCGCGUACGCAAAUGUGCGUGCAUACGUUGGCGAGAGAAGAUAUAUAACUUUAUUUUCGUACAUUGAUAUAAAUGCAAGCCAUGGAGAAAAAAGCUUGAAUAUUUUCACAACUUGAAAUUAACAUUUACACGAGCACUUUUUAUGCAAAGAGACAACAAAUUGUAUGUACAUCCCUUAACGGUGUAGGUAAAAAUAAUAUUUGGCGUUACUUGUCGGACAAACACACACAUUUGUAGUUGUGUCUUUAGAUGUAACGUAUAUCAAUUAUAAAUACGAUGCCCUGUCUUUUAGAUUCGAUUGUUAUAUACUUUUUCGAUGAAAAGAUUCGUAUAAAUAUACAUACAUAAUAAGUGUAGGAAAGUAUAUCUGUUCGUAUUAAAAUAUGUGUAAUGUGUAUCGACUACUGUACAUCAUGACGAGAAGUUUCCAAUUUUAAAAUUUUAUCAUUCAGCUAAACAAAAAGCAAACGAUUUCAAAUGGGACGUCUAUUUAAACAUAUUGAAUCAGUGCUUUAUUCAUUUUUACACCAUAUAAUGGUCUUUUAAAAAUGAUUAUUCUCUUCGUGUACUGUUCUCAGGCGUGUACAUUAACUUGGAAUCAAACAAAAUGAACCAUAAAAACUUCAACGAAGUCCAUAUUGCAUUCAUAAAAAAAACAGAGCAACGUCAACCAUCGGCAAGAUGUUAAAUUUUCUGUUUUUUAACUGCUCGAUUACUAAUUAUUCAAGUACUUACCUAUAUGACGAAAAUAUUGUCUGUUAUUGAUUUUCCGUCCUACACGUUACGCAGAAAGUACAUCGAUUGUUUUUGAUCUUGAAAAUAAUAAAGAAAAAUAAUUUAUAUCGAAUUCUAAUGAUAUAAAAACAACAACAACUACUUGAAAAAUCAUUUACAAUGUGAUGCAACGUUUCGUUCAAAUAAUUUAUCAAAUUUUGCUGCAAGUCUUUGCGUUAUUGUCGAAAUGAAUUCGUAUUCAAUUGAAACGAGGAAGUGGAACAAUGUGAUAAAUGUACGAUAUUUUAGGGAAAAAAUAUAAUUAAUCAUUCGUUAGUGAGACGAGAAAGUGGCCCCCGAACGUACGAAUCGUACUUGCCAUCUUAAAACCAGUGACAAUGCAAAUAGUAGUUUUGCUAUUUGCUGCGAGAAAUUGACUUUUCAAAGGAAACCUGAAGUGGAAAUCUUGAAAAUUAAAAAAAAAAAAUAAGGACAAGUUUAAUUUAUUCCUACGAAGAAACAUGAAAUAGUGAUUACCCAUCCCGUGGGUGAUCAUUCAAAUUUUAUCUCAGCUGCUCGCGAUUAAUUCAUCGAUCGACGCACGAUCUGUACAAACAUCUCGGACAAUCAUGAUAAUCGUUGAAAGUGUAAAAGACUUGAUUUUCUUUUUUGUUAUUCGCGCGUAUCCGGUUCCUUUGAAAAGUCAAAAUUUUGUAAUAUCAAUAAAUCAACAUUUAAUAAUUGAAAAGCCUUGGAUUGUAAAAAGUAAAAAUGUAGUUAAGUGAAAAUGACAUUAUUUACGAUGUAGUGAUAAGCAGAUAUUGUAUCGACGUACGUGAGAGCUAAAGCGAGCGUUUAGAGGAAUUGUAAAAUAAAUGUAUCAUUAUUUUCGUAAAGAUUUUAUACGUGCGACAAAGAAUGACGUCGAUAUAUUAAACAAAAAAAAACGAUAUUCUAAGAGAAGUUGUGUGUAAAAAUGAAGGAUCUUGUAUAGCUUUUUAAAACUUUUAAAACUGUAUAAAUUAUCUUUCACCAUCGCGCGCGAUAUUUCAUGUAUAAAAAAAAAUCGAUCUGUUUCAACGUGUCGUUGUUCAUGCCAACAUCCUUGGUAAUGAAAGUUAUAAUGCAUCUCCGCUAUUGAGUUCGAGUUUGCAUCAAGUAAAAAUAAUCAGAAAUACAAAAAUUUACCGACGACAGUCGAUGAAUAUUUUGUCAUUGAAAAUAUUCUCGCGAGUACAAAAAAAAUUCGUUCAUUAUUACGAAGUAAAAGCAAAAAAUAACUUAUCUCAUUCGCGUCGAUAAAUGGGAUGUAAUUAUUGAAAUAUGUUUAAGGUCAAGUAAGAUGGAUGUAAGAUGAAAUAUAUCAAGCUCAUCUAAUAUCUGUAACUUUGUUGUAUAAUAAUGAAUAUUAUCGUUUUCAUCUCCACUCAUGUCGAUGUGAGAAUGUGUAAAUGAAAAUGUGCGUUAUAUGUAUAUCAUGACUGUAAAAUAAAUUCGAUGUAACUGAACAAAUUGAAUAUUAUAAGAAAAUUGUUCAAUCGCUUCACCGCGUUGGCAUCGUAUACAGAUAUUAUAAUUAAUUAAAAGUAUUAAAGUUGAAAAAUCUUCUAUUGUCUCUAUAUAAUUAAACCGUAACGGCAACGUCUUAUUUAAUUACUAUCUCUUAACAAUUUUAUAAUCAUUUUUAUAUAAAAGAAAACUUUGUUGUAAUAAGAUGUAUAUUUAUAAUUAUAAAGCAAGAGUAUAACAAAUUAACAAGUGCUUCAACGAUUUUUCUCUGUAAUAACAGUUGUUACUUUUCAAUCGCUUUUGCAAUUUUACACGUUUCACAGUUGUCGAUAUUUUAUCACUAUCGAAAAUAAAAUGAAGAAAUGUAAAACACUUCAAUGAUAUAACUCCUUGUUUAACGAAAAAAAGGUUUUUAAUGCAAAUAAUAGUUGAUAAAUUCUGGAAACUACAAUUAACGACGCACAUAGAUGAUAUGGUUCUUAUAAUUUUUCGUUGUGGUUCACGAUCUAUGUAAUAAAAUUACACGGAGAAUUGCAAAAAAAUCUAAACAACUUGUACUAUAUGUAAAAAUAAAUAAUGAUUAUUAUCAUAUGAGAACAUUGAAUUGCUUGACAAAAAUCGAUUCAGAUGCAUGUUUCGUGUUUAACGAUGUUUUACGUUUAAUCAUUAUCAUGUAAACUUGAUAAAUACUACUAUAGCAUUUAUGUUUUGCUUUGGUUUCAAUAUAUAAUAUUUAUAUGUUAUAUGGAUAGGCAAACUUGUUAUCCGAAUAACAAUGAAAUAAUAGAAACAUACUAUAAGUAAGAAGAUGGGCACCAUUGAAAAGAAUGCAUUAUACAAAGUACUUGUAUAAGUAUAUCUGAACAAUGAAACGACGUAACGUCUCUAAUGAAAAAUGAUUGUAUAUAAAUUUAUCAAAAUGUGUAAAUGUACCAAUAUGUUCAUAGCGUUCAAAAACUUAAAAUAUUAACUGAUAUCACCCGCAUAACGAGAUGUUGAAAAUCUGUAUAAUUUAGAAAUAAUUCUAAUACAACUAUAACUCAUAACUAUAAUAUUAAUAAUAAUAAAUAAUAUUAAUGAUAAUAUUAACAUUAAUAAUAAUAUCUGCGUACAAAAAUAAUAAAAGUACAGAAUAAUACCAUAUAAGUUUUGAUUGUUCAUGUGACUUGUACUAAAGUGAAUGUGAGAGUGUGAGCCAGAGUGAAAAUUGAAUAAAAUGUUUUUGAAGGAAAAAAUACAAAUUUUGAAUUUGAAAGAGUGAUUCAUUUAUGACUUAGGUCACAAGCAAAGCACAAAAAAAUAUAUAUUAUACAUAUUUUCUCAAAAGAUGGAAUAAAGCGUAACU